AUGGCGUUGGCCGCAAUUCAUCGAACAUCAUUGAUGUCUCCAGCCGAUUGCCAGUUCAAUGAUGACGCUAGACGCCUGAUAACCAACUUGACCGCCGCAUGUAUUCAACAUCUACGCAAAGAGCUGCAGGACCCAGAUGACGCUCAGCUGGGCGCCCAACUAGCCACCACCCGAACACUCUUUCUGUGCGAGGCAAUCUCUGGGUCUCCUACCCCUCGGGCAUGGCGAACGCAUUUCAUGGGAGCGCGAGCCCUGUUGACGUCAUCUGAAAGAUCUGGUGGCAAGGCAUUAAGCUCUCAGCGACGGGAUACGUCAAUCUCUUUCUUGAAACGAUGGUUCAACAUUACCGAAGGGCUGGUCGCUUUGACGACUGAAGGAUUGUCGGGGGGCCAAGCUACGGGCUUUGGACCCCGAGGGGUUGUUUCCAUGAAAGAAGGGAAUCAGGUCUGCCUCGAUGUUUACACUGGCUGUACAGAAGAUCUCUGUGUCGCUUUCCGAGAGAUCGGAGCCGUCGCAUGGGAGAAGCGACGAGCCAUCGACCAUCCCGAGCGCUAUCCGAGACUUUCCGAAGACGACUUCCUGCGCGAGGCUGAUAUGCUCGAAUUAUCCGUCCGGAGAAUGAUAGAACGCGACAGAUCACGGUCCACCGUCUUGAAUGUUACCGGAGCCCAUGAUAUUUCCCCCGAACAGGCCGAAGAAUUCUUCCUGUGUAACGAAGCGUAUCAACACACGGCGCUCAUUCAUGUCCACCGCCGAAUCCGAGGACUACCAGUACAUGACCCCCUUGUUCAGGAGUCUGUCAGGAGAAUUAUCGAAUGCGUUAGCAGCAUCAGGCCUGCGGCGACCCUGUCACCUCUGACUCUGUUGACUACCCCAUUAUUCGCCGCAGGUUGCGCAGCCCUGGGGACUGAACGCAUCAAGAUUGCACAAAUACUGACCAACAUGUUUGCCCUUCUUCGGCUGCCGAAUAUGAAGCGCGCAUUGGAAGUUCUCGAAGCCUUCUGGAACGACUCGGAGGCCCGAGAGAUUGACUGGGAUGAAUUUUCGCGUACGUGUACAUCUGAUUAUGCAGUAUGGAAUCAAGUUGACGAUAAUAUAGGUCAACGUGACUGGGAUUUCUUGCCUUACUAA